AUGCUGGCGCUGCUGUGGCUGUCGCUGCUGGUGCCCGCGGUGUCACGCGUGGGGGGUGACGGGGACGCGCUGACCUUCCUGGCCCUGGGCGACUGGGGGGGGCUGCCCGAGCCCCCCUUUGUCACCCCGCGCCAGGCGGCCACGGCCGCGGCCAUGGGCCGGGCGGCGGCCGCGCUGGGCGGCGACUUCGUGCUGGCCCUGGGCGACAACUUCUACUUCUCGGGGGUGCGCGACGAGUGGGACCCGCGCUUCCAGGACACCUUCGAGAGUGUCUUCGUGUCCCCGGGGCUCCGCGGUGUCCCCUGGUACGUGAUGGCCGGGAACCACGACCACGCUGGCAACGUCACCGCGCAGCUGCGCUACAGCCACCGCUCCCCGCGCUGGCACUUCCCCCACCCCUACUACAGCCUGCGGCUGCACCUGCCCGGCUCCAACGCCUCGGCGCGGCUGCUGGUGCUCGACUCGGUUCUGCUCUGCGGCCGCGGCGACGAUUUCGGGCGGGGCCCGGCGGGGCCGCGGGACGCGGCGGCGGCGGCGGCGCAGCUCCGCUGGCUGCGGGCGCAGCUGGAGGCGGCGGCCGCCGAGCGCUUCGUGCUGGUGGCCGGGCACUACCCGCUCUGGUCCGUGGGCAAGCACGGCCCCACGCCCUGCCUGCUGCGCCUGCUGCGCCCGCUGCUGCGGCGCCACCGCGUCAGCGCCUACCUGUGCGGGCACGACCACAACCUGCAGUACCUGGAGGAGGGGGGCGUGGGCUACGUCCUGAGCGGCGCCGGCAACUUCAUGGAGGACUCGCAGCCCCACGCGGGCUCGGUGCCCCCCGGCGCCCUCCGGUUCUUCUACGGGAGCGCCGCCAGCCCCGGCGGCUUCGCCCACGUGCGCCUGGAGCCCGCCGCCGCCACCGUCACCUUCCUGGAGGCCACCGGGCGCGUCCUGCACCGCGUCACGCUGCCGCCGCGCCACCCGUGACCGGGACCGGGGACGGCGGAGAGCGGACAGCGGGGCACCGGGACAGCGGGAGAGCGGGAGAGCGGGGCAGGGGGACACCGGGAGAGCGGGACACCGGGACAGCGGAGAGCGGGGACAGCGGGAGAGCGGAGGGCGGGGCACGGGGACACCGGGAGAGCGGGACACCGGGACAGCAGGACACCGGGACAGCGGAGAGCGGGGACAGCGAGACACCGGGAGAGCGGGACACCCGGAGAGCGGGACAUCUGGACAGCGGGGACAGUGGGGACACCAGGACAGCGGGACACGGGGACACCGGGAUCCGUUCCCUGGGGACAUCGGGAACACCGGGACCCCUCCCUGGGGACGCCCCGAGACCGCCGAGUCCCCCCGGGGGACACCGGCACCGCUGCCUUCGGGGACAUCCCGUCAGCUCUGACCCCUUGGGGACACCGGGGACCGGACACUGCCCGCCGGCCCCGCCCGGUUGCCCCGUGCCGCCAAUAAAGGCUUUGAAGGGCGCCGCCGGACCCGAAACCACCGCGAUUCACCCCAAAACCGCGAUGGGCGGGGUCCGGCAGGGCUGGCCACGCCUCCCA